UAUGGGAUAUGUCAACUGGGGUUAGCGGUCGACCAGGUGGUAAAUAGAGGCAUGUAGCAAGUUAUAGCGCACAAUGUAACAAAGAGGAAAAAAGCUGAUGAUAUUAUAUACUCACAAUUUCUGUAGAAAGAAAUCAGAUUGUUUUAGAUCUAGCUAGAAAAUACGUUUUGUUGUUAUGGGUGAUUAACUUUUAAAAAAUAUCGAAAUUUUAAUGGACGCUUUUUAACUCGCGGGAUAGAAGACAGUGUUUAGUAUUUGCUGUCAAAUCAAAAAUCAAGUGCCGGAGGUCAUUGUGGUUUAAAGAACAUGUUGAGGUCAUAUUUUAACGGUGAAGGAUCAGAGUGACAUGAAUGAAGACAGAUGUUAUUCAGUAAAGCGUCAGCCAAUGUAAGAUGUAUAAUGUUGGUUUGGUUAUAUUAAUAUUAAUGGAAAUGUUGACAUGGUGUUACUCCACGGGAGAAAAUAAAGCAGUAAUAUCACAGUGUGAACAAUUGAAUUGUGAAAAUGAGAAUCCGUGUCGAACUAUCUUGUCAAAAAACAACGAUAAUGAACAGAAAGUUGAAUGCUUCUGUCAAGGAAAAUGGACUGGACACAGAUGUGAAUUGGAAAUAAUGUUAAACGCCUCUGUUCUUAAUUCAAAUAGUGUUCAGUUAAAAUUAUUGACUCGCAGUCCCAAUAACGAUGUCGGCAUUGCAAAUUCCGAUUCCAAAUAUACCUUAAUGUAUUGGAGCAAUGAUACGAACCAUGCGUGCUUAAUGGUUCAAGAUCUUGCUUCAACUGCCAACGUUAUAGAUGGCUUGAUUCCGUCAAUGCGGUAUACAUUUUGUUUUGAGACAGGAAUAGUGGACUUCUGCGAGGUAACACGUUACAGUUUGAAUUUACCAGCAAACUGCGUAACGGUUUAUAUGUCACAAACUACCGUCGUUCCGACGAAUUCUACGAUCAUCAUUGGUGUGUCUUUAUCAGCCGUGUUCGCCAUUUUAAUAAUAAUGGUAAUAAUAAGUAUUAUCUUAGUCAAACAACAACAUUGCUUGCCAUUAGAGGUUGUGCUCGAUUCCUGUAAAUGUUUAUCGUGUACUCCAAAGAGAAAUAAAUCAUUAAGGUGUGGUCAUUCAGCACAAACUCGCGUCCUGCUCUCGGAUCCACCUAUUUAUACUGGACCACGUCAAGAUGAGUUAUCUCCCUCUAAAAAUAAAAACGGUAAACGUCCGUCUACAAGAGCCAAAUCCUAUGGUUCUAAAUCGGAAGCGCCUAAAACUUUAACGACUCUUCUUGAGAACACUGAGGCUGUGGAAUUUAUUGAAACAAGUCUUUCAGAACCUUUAGCUCAUCCAUCGGUGUAAUCUAGUCCGUGAACGUAUGUAUGCGAUUUUAUGUGAGCUAUAUUGAUAAAACAAACAAAAACAAACUCAACUUUGAAAACACUACUAAAUGAAUGUAAGUUGUGUCAUGUUUCUGAAACAACUUGAUCCAGUUUACAAAAUGUUACUUAUUUGUGCUUGAUACCGAUAAGAAGUUAUUAUCGAAACGUCGUGCCUGUGUAUAUUGAAGCAGAAAGUCUUGUCUCAGAGAACUGUUAUUAAAGGAUUAUAAACUUCAAUUGAUUUUUCAAUAUACUACGGCGCAAAAUAGUCCCUAUACAUGUAUACUGAUCGUAAGACACAUAGCUUACCAAAGGGUGAGCUAAGGGGUUCGAACAGUCUCUAUAAUGUGUGCUAUACCGGGAAAAUGCUCUGCUUCUUUAACGAACCCUGAUACGCUAUUUAAAUUAAAUAUUAACUGGAUUGUAACUAGCCUGUCAUGAUCUGCCCCCACCCCCUCCCAAAAGAGAAUUCUAAUUGUGUGUCUAAGCUUAAACUUGUAUAUUUAUCUGUCUCAAUAAAACUGAUUUAUGUUGGGUUUUU